UUCAGAGGAGACUGGCCAAAGAAAGAUAGGUGACAUACACUACAUACCUGAGACUAGUGACUCGAGAGGAAGAAAGAAGAAGGAAACCUCUAACCUGGGGGAUGGGGGAGGAGCCCAGGCAGGGGCAAUGCUUCCAGGUCAAGUAUGGAGAAAGUGGUGAAGCCAUUGACCCUUUUGUGCUGUGCCUCCAUCCUCCUAGGGUUCAUCCUGAUGGGCCUGCAGCCAGACAUCAAGCCUGUGGCUUAUUUCUUCCUCUCCUUAGGUGGACUCUUUCUCCUUAUUUGCCUCUUUUGUUUCAUAGAAUGGGGGUUCCAGGCAAUUCGAACAAAUACUACAAGGGCUUUGAACUCAGCAAGGGACAAUGCAGCCUUUGAAAUUCCAAGCUAUGAGGAAGCUGUGGUAUCACCUCAGGAUCCCAACUCAAAUUUGGGUGAGCCCCCACCCUACAGCACUGUGAUUCCCUCACAGCUUCAGGAAGAGGAAUCUAACCAUGUAGCAGGACUCACAGGAGCCAGAAGAGAGAGGCGAGGAAGGUCAGAAGGUACAGCGACCCAGACAGGAGGAUCUUUGAUCACCCCUGUCAAUCUCCACCUUCAGGGCCAUAUAAUAGGGUCUACAGAACCCCCAUUACAAAACCCGGCUCCAUUGGAGCCUCUUACCCCACCGCCAGCAUAUGAGCUCAGACCUAAUAACCAAGACAUUGAUGAUGAUAGCGUAUUCUAUGAAGAGGGCUGGACACCUCCCUAAACCUGUGUUCCCUGGACAUAUAAGAUUUUUUCCAUCAGUGACUUUCUUUUUAUAACCUGGACAACCUGAGCAGGACCUGGUACCUGGCAAGAAGAAGAGAACAUCAGAUGCAUUCUCCAUGCUUUGUGUCCAGAGUGAAGAGUCCAAAUGGUCUCCCCCAUCCUCAUCCCAUAACCAUGAUUCUCUUACCAAAAACUGGAUGAGGAUGGAUUGGUAAAAUCACUGGGAAAGGGAAAUUGGAGCCCUUUCUACUUGGAGAGUUCUCAUUGUUUACAAAAGUCUUCCUUUACUCAGCCAAAAACUGCCUCUCUCAAACUUCCACCUAUUGUUCUUUGCUUUCCUUUCUAGCCAGAGUUAGCCUAAUUCUUCUUCCUUAUUACUCCUCCCAGAUCAGAUAGACAUCUCAUUCUCUCUAAUGUUCUCUUUUAAGACUUUUCUUUCCCAGGCUAAACCUUACAUUUUUCCUCAGUUGGGCUCAUUUAGCACAUUCUCCAAUUUUCUCACUGUUCUGUUUAUUCUGUGGACACAAAAGUUUGUCAAAAAUCCAUAGUGAAACCUUGUCUUUAGAACUGAACAUAAUACCCCAAAUAUGAAUUGACCAGGGCAGAGUAAAGGGAAUUGUCACUUCCUUUUUUUCUGCUUCUAUCCAUUCUAUCUAAAAUUUAAUUAACUUUUUUGGCUGCUAUGUCAUAUCAUUGACUCAUGGAUGUUGUUGACCUUUAAAUCUUUUUAAACACAAAA